AUGUUACAUUCAUCUAUUCAUAAUUUAAAUUCUAAUAAUAAAAUCCCGCAAUAUUAUCUUUCAAUUAAUAAUAAUUAUACAUGUAAUAGAUCUUCAUCAUCAUUAAGUUUAUCAUCUAUUUCUUCAACUUUACUUAAUCAAUCUAAAAACAUAUUGAAAAUAAUUACACCUUGUAAAAAAACAGAUUCAUUAUCUUCAUUAUCAACAACAUCCUUGUCUUCAUCAAUGACUAUAAUUCUUCAUACAUUACAUAAGAGAAAUCAACGACAUGAAAAAUAUCAUCAUCAUCAUCAUCAUCAUCAUCGAAAAAAAUUCUUCAAUAAAACUCAUUCACGAUAUCAAAAUAAUAAUACUAGUUCAUCAUCGAUUUUAUUAUCUCGAUUAAUAAAUAUAAAAAAACCAACAAAACAAUUAUUGAAUGAAUCAAUUUGUUUACAAACUCAAAAACAAAAUAAAUUAAAUUCAAAUCAAUAUUCAAUAUCAAAAUAUAAUGAAGAAUUAUUUAUACCUAGUGAAUCAUAUCAAUAUAAUAAAAAAAUCUUAUUAAAAAAAAAAUCACAUCAAAUUUUCGAAAAAGAAAAAACAACUUCAUUUCAUAGUAAUAAUUCAUUAUCAAAUAGUAUUUCUGAUUUCGAUGAAAUGCAUACUGAGAAAAACAUUAAAAAUUUCAAUUAUCAUCAAAAACAUAUAUCAACUAUAGGUACACAAACAGAUAAUUAUUCAUCAAUUCGACAACAAUAUCAAUAUGGAAAUUUACGACGAGUUAAUAGUGAUUUACUAGAUUAUAUUUUCAUUCCUAUUUCAAAUGUAUCCAUUGAAAACAAUUGUAUAUAUCCAAUGAACUCAAACACAGAUCAUUAUUGGUCGUAA